AUGACGGCAGAAGAGAAAAAGGGUGAGGAUACAGCGGCGAAAUUACGCAAGGAGGAGGAUGCGCGGCGUACAAUGGAGGCGGUAGAGAGUUUGAGAGCCGCAGAGGAGCAGAGGAGAGCGGAGGAGGAACGGCAGAGGGCUGCGGCUGCCGAGAGGGCGAGGGCGGAGGCAGAGGCGAAAUUACGCAAGGAGGAGGUUGUGAGGCUUGCAAUGGAGGCGGCAGAAAGGGCGAAGGUUGCAGAGGAGCAGAGGAGAGUGGAGGAGGAACAGCAGAGGGCUGCGGCUGCAGAGAGGGCGAGGGCGGAGGCAGUGGCGGUAUUAAGCAAGGAGGAGGAUGCGUGGCGUGUAAUGGAGGCAGCAGAGAGGGCGAGAGCCGCAGAGGAGCAGAGGAGAGCGGAGGAGGAACAACAGAGGGCUGUGGCUGCAGAGAGGGUGAGGGCGGAGGCAGUGGCGGUAUUAAGCAAGGAGGAGGAUGCUCGGCGUGCAAUGGAGGCAGCAGAGAGGGCGAGAGCCGCAGAGGAGCAGAGGAGAGCGGAAGCCGCAGAGGAGCAGAGGAGAGCGGUGGAGAAACGUCAGAGGGCUGCGGCUGCAGAGAGGGCGAGGGCAGAGGCAGUGGCGAUAUUACACAAGGAGGAGGAGGAUCAGCUUGCAAUGGAGGCGGCAGAGAGGGCGAGGGCAGCAGAGGAGCGGAGGAGAGUGGAGGAGGAACGGCAGAGGGCAGUGGCUGUAGAGAGGGUGAGGGCGGAGGCAGAGGCAAUGGUUCGCAGAGAGGAGGAGGCGCGCCGUGCAAUGGAGGCGACAAUGAGGGCUAGGGCCACAUAG